AUGAGUUCAGCGUAUUCCUUUGUCAACAGCCUAACCAUUGUCAAAUUUUUUGCAGUAGCUGCAUUGACAGUUGACGGGAUAAGAGAUCCAACGUUUUUUCACGGCCACUGUGCCCACACAAAUGAAAGAGACUUUGCGAAGAACUGGGUUCAGGUAGAUAUGGGAAAAGAUCGUUAUGUUGAUUACAUUGCUCUUGUUAGCAGAGACGUCGAAGUACUUUGUAUAAUAUGCGCUCAGCGUCUCACCAACUUCACAAUCGGUCUAACGUCAACCAGUGCAACCGUCGUCAGCCCGGUGAGAGAUCAGUAUCCGAUGUGUGGCAGGUACCGCGGAAACGUCCCUAUUGCCACCAGGGUGACCCUUCAGUGCAAUGCCAACCUGCCAGCUUACCGCUAUAUCAUCGUUCAUCAAGCCGUUGGAGCUUAUAAUGGAUAUCUUGGAUUUUGUGAGCUGGAAGCCUACGAGCCACUUGCCCAAAUGAUCUUUCCUUUCAAACAGUUUCCUGCUGUCAGGCUAGCAUUUUGCGUUGGACGUUGCAUGCAACUUGGAGAGGUUGAAUGCGACUCGUUCAACUUCAACCAACAGUUAGGGGUGUGCCAGCUGAAUAGACACAGAAACGGAUAUCAAAUCGGAGAGUUGUUGCCGAAUGUUAGGUGGGAAUUUUGGAAUGUUAAUUAUCACUACAUUGGAAAUAUUUAA